AGGAAAUGUAAAGUAAAGCCGUGACGUGGAGCAGGAACACGUAGAGCUGCUGCACUCCUAAAACAUCCAUUUAGGUCUUUAAACCAGCACAAACUUCAGAUUUUCGAGCGCUUCGCUAUUUUAAAACAACAACUUUUAACAGAAGUUUUAUAUUCGGGCUCGACUGUUAACGCUCGUUUGUUUACGCUGCUUUUGUUCACGAGCUGUUAGCCUGCUAGCCGCGUUCUGAAUCAAUAUUAAUAACCAAGUUUAGAUCAUUUUUAUUCAGGAAUUAAAAUGGGUUUGACCAUUUCAAGCGUCUUCUCACGACUAUUUGGGAAGAAACAGAUGAGAAUUCUGAUGGUUGGUCUCGAUGCUGCUGGAAAAACUACAAUCCUUUACAAGCUCAAACUUGGUGAAAUCGUCACAACAAUUCCAACUAUAGGUUUUAAUGUUGAGACUGUUGAGUACAAGAACAUUUGUUUCACUGUUUGGGAUGUGGGUGGCCAGGAUAAGAUCAGACCAUUGUGGAGGCACUACUUUCAGAACACACAGGGGCUUAUCUUUGUGGUAGACAGCAAUGACCGUGAGCGAGCACAGGAAGCUGCAGAGGAACUGCAGAAAAUGCUUCAAGAGGACGAGCUUAGAGAUGCAGUGCUGCUGGUGUUUGCAAACAAACAGGAUUUGCCUAAUGCCAUGCCCAUCAGUGAACUGACAGACAAGCUCGGCCUGCAGACACUCCGGAGCAGAACUUGGUAUGUUCAGGCAACCUGUGCCACCCAGGGAACAGGUUUGUAUGAAGGAUUGGAUUGGCUUUCCGAGCAGCUGAGCAAACGCUAAACCACAAAAGAUGAACUGGCGUGGAGGGGUGCGUUAACAAAGGACGUGAUCACAAACACAGACAUGGAGAUACGGACAGAAACUUCAGCUGAUGGCUAUCAGAUUUGGCAACUUUGGCAGUGCAUCGGUUUUAUUUUGGUUGACUGACUUGAUCUUCUUAGUUAUUUUAAUAAGGCAUUUGAUGCUGUGUGCCUGUUUUGGUGUAAUAUUAAAUAUGUAACAAGACGAGAAGAAUUAUGACUGGGUAUACAUCAACGAUCUUAAGUUUUGUCUAAGAUUGAAACAUAUAUUUAUACAAACAGUUUUGCUUCAUCAUCAUCAUUCCAUUUAUUUGUGUGUAGUACAACAGAAUUCGCAUGAUCUUUUACCCUUGCUAGACAAAAUUUUGUAACAAUAAAAAUCACUAAAUCUCUGUGAUGGUUUUGGGGGAACAGAUUAAUGUCCAUAUUGGCUUUAUUAAAACAGAUCCUGGGGCCGGUUUGUUUUUAUGUAAAAAAAUCCAAGCCAGUAUGUGCAUUUAUACUAACCAAACACUGGCAUAUCAAUCAAAUAAUAGAGUGACUGUUGCUCUACUCUAUAAUUAUUUCAUGUACAGUAUUGACGGUAGGGAUGUUGGGGCCCUCAUUGUAUUUUUGGACUUGAGAAAGAGAUAAAAUAUGCAAAACAUUAUAAUUGUUUGUCUUUACUUGGCCUUAAUGAUCUGAACUGAAAAUGAUGCAUUUGAUUAACAAGACUGAUUUUUCUGAUCAUAAAUAAACAGCAUUUACAGUUA